GCACCUCAACAGCACUACUGUACUUCAAUAUAAUGCUGUUUAAUCCCGCAUUGUACUAUUAUCAAAUAAUUGCAGCUUCUUGUGUUUCAAAUAUUGUACACUUAUUGCGAUUUCAAGUUACUUGUAAUUUCAUAUUGCAGCCUUAAUCAAUGAUUUAAUCUUGAACGCCUUGUCUUACACAAGUCUAAACAUUACAGUCAUUCUUAUGGUUACUUGGUGCAUACCCUUCAACAAAUAUGUGUUUAAAUCAAAUUAUAACUGUAACUGACGGAAGAUCUUCCAUGGGGAAUUUAAUAGGGGGCUCUUUUUAAGACUUUGGGGAGGCUCAGUUUUGUUAUUGGGGCCCUACAACUAGUCUCAUCACUUUACACUCACACGAAUGGUUCUUUAGUUGUGAUGCACCAAAACAACCAGUUUAAAUGUGUACGCACUGUUGUAUCAAUCUCGGCUACUCUUAUAAAUCGGUUGUCUUUUCAAUUCUGAGCUAUUUGAAACGUUGAAAUGUUUAUUCCCAUUGCACUGUAAAGUGAAAUUCGAAUGACAAUAAAAGAAAGUCUAAGACUCUCAAUCACAGCAAACUAUUAAUCUGCACAUAGAUGGAGGAAACAGGAGAAACCCAAUGAGCAUAGUUUGUGGCGAUCUGCUGACACCUUGUGGUUAAAAAUAAGAUCUACACUAGUCUAAAGAGCACUCUGCAGAUGAUGUAACAAAAACACUUGAAUAAAUAUUAACACACGCGUCUAAAACAACAGGAAGUGGUCACAGAAAAAAUGAACUUUGCGCUGCUCAGUCUACAGCCAAGCAAAGAAGACGAACCUGUUCUGUAGAUCUUUAAUAUCAUUUAGUACACGCUCCGUUUCACACCGGUUAAGUAACUUUACGACGCUCCCUAACUACAGCCUCCAACGCGACCUCUGCCCUCCACAUGCUCGCUGCUGCACUUUAGCAUGCUGUGGGUAAUAAAAGCAGGACUGUGCACACUCAGACAGAGUCACAAUAUUAAAGAAGUGCUCGUACGUUUGCCGAGGUGUGCGGCUCGUCGAAACAUGUCGUCGUCUCCAGCUAAACGGCCGGUGUCCUUGCUGGGAACCAUGGCGUUCGGCGGUCGAGCUGACGCCGCGCAGAGCCUGGACAUGGUGAAGGCUUUCCUGGACAGGGGGCACAGCCAUCUGGACACAGCUUUCAUGUACGUGGACGGGAAGUCAGAGACGGUCAUAGGAGACAUGAACCUUCCCAAAACAGUAAGCAUAGCGACCAAAGCCAAUCCCUGGGAUGGAAAGACACUGAAGCCAGAAAGUGUACGUUCACAGCUGGAAACCUCCCUUCAGAGGCUGCGGACUGAUUGCGUGGAUCUUUUCUACCUUCAUGCCCCUGACCACGAAAACCCCAUCCAGGAUACCCUUAGGGCCUGCAAUGAACUCCACAAAGAGGGGAAAUUCAAGGAGUUUGCUUUGUCAAACUAUGCAUCAUGGGAAGUAGCUGAAAUCGUGAACAUCUGCAGACACAACAACUGGAUCGCUCCCACUGUGUAUCAGGGAAUGUACAAUGCCACCACAAGACAGGUUGAGACAGAGUUGCUGCCAUGUCUGAGAUACUACGGGAUGAGAUUCUACGCGUACAAUCCUCUAGCAGGUGGCCUUUUGACUGGAAAGUACCACUACGAAGACAAAGAUGGUUCCCAGCCUGAAGGACGUUUCUUUGGCAACAGCUGGGCUGCAGCAUACCGGAACAGAUACUGGAAGGAGAGUCAAUUCCAGGCGAUAGGUCUGGUUAUAAAGUCACUGGAGACGGCGUACGGCUCAGAGAAACCCACCAUGACUUCUGCUGCUAUGCGGUGGAUGUAUCACCACUCCCAACUUAAGGGUGAGCUCGGUGAUGGAGUCAUCAUUGGCAUGUCAAAUAUGGAGCAACUUCAGCAGAACUUGGCUGCUGCAGAGGAGGGACCACUGGACGAGAGAGUGGUUGCUGCUUUCAACGAGGCCUGGAACCUCGUCGCCCACGAGUGUCCAAACUACUUCCGCUGAAGAGCCAAAAUCUCCUUAACAGUCCAAUCAAAUAAAGUUUAUAGAGCAAAACAGA